UCACCUACCAUGGUCACCGACAGAGCAGCGCAAACGGCUCAGCCAAGUUCUGGGCCAAAUCGCGACAUGCCAUGGGCGUGAGCAGCUUUGGCCGUUUCAGUGGCCAUGAUCCAACACGAGCUUGAGGACUGCAGCGAGCUAGAUGAGUUUGGGUGGGAUCCUAUGGUGGACGACUACUUGGAAUCUUUGGUAGAAGAGGCCGACCAUACGGAGGAAGGCAAAGUUGACUGGGGGUUGAUUUCCUUGCAAUUUCUCGACACACUGGAUCCAACGCAAGAUCAGAUGGAAGCAGCUUUGGAGCGCUUCUCUCCCGAAAGCUUGCGAGAGCGAUGGUGGUAUUUGCGAAGCAGGCUGGCCAUGCCUCACCAGAAGGCGACGAGUUCGGUUGCGCAGGAACCAGCGCGAGAUCGGGUGUUGGAAGCAAUGCAAAAUUUUCUGUUUGGAUUGCCCAAACCUCGCAUGAACCCAGAAUCACGGGAAACUGCUCUUGAGCCAGGCGCCGAGGCUGAACAGGCGUUUGCAGUUCCUACUGGCCCGGGUGAAGCGGCACCACCACAUGCUUCAGAUGCAGAAGACAUAUACGCGAAGCAAUCCAUCAAGGAACCUGCUGGCGCAGGCGAGCAUUCGGCCUAUGGCACAGAUGCCGCCCUCCGCAGAUGCCUGGAGGAGCUACGGUGGCAUGGCGAAGCUUUGUGCCAGUGUGCAGCAGGCGCUAAUGCGCAAGAGCUUUGUGCAGAGGCCAGCGCCAGACGGAAGGUGUCGUUCCACCGAGCGCGCUGCGCAUAGCAUGUGUGGCGCUCUUUCUUGCAAGUUGAAAUCCAAGCUUUGAAAUUCUUGCAUAGUAUUCCGAGCGAGGCCAUUGCCUGCCUAUCUUUAGUGAUUUGGCAACUUUGGUUCCAACUGAACAAUCGUAAAAGAAGUGUUGCAGGAUCUAGUGUGGAGAAAGAAAAGCGCCUUGGCGCCAACCCCGGUGAUCUUGGUAUACAAAAGAUGCUGUUUUGGGGUUGCAAGCUUUGUUGUGUUGCGCGCGCAGGAAUUGUUUUGGAGCCUCGGCUGCGAGCAUAAGAAAGACCGUGCUCCAUGAUCACGUCGCUUUCCUUCCCUUGUUUUGUUAGUUGUGAGUUCCAUGUCCAUACGCUUUGUAGGGCUAUUGACCAAAGCCCUUUGGGCUUAAGAAUAUACAUCCAGGCAGUGCGCACGCAAAAUUGAAUG